AUGUUUCUCCUCCGACUACUCAGUUUCUUCAUCUUCCUCCCCCUCUUCACCCCAACAGUUACCCUAGCUCAGUCCACCACCUCAACGGGCCUUACAAUCUCCUCCUCCGCCCUCACCGACAUCGAGAACCUAAUCAAUGGCGCAAAAAUACUUUUGAGUACCGACAGCAUCAACAACGUCGAAACCACCCUGACGGGAGCCGCUACAUUACUGAGCGGCACAACCGCCAAUGACACCAAGACAUUGUUGACCGAAGUCAGCGCGCUGCUUUCACCGGAAUUGAUCUCCGCGGUGGGUAAGCUUGUCACUCCGGAUACAGUCAAUAAGUUGGGGGACAUUGUGAAUAAUGCACAUACCUUGUUGUCGGUGGAGUUUGUGAAUCAGACAACUACCUUGAUCAAUGAUGUGACGCCGCUCGUGGGCGACUUGUCAAAGGUUCUGGGAGGCCUGCUCUCAGCAUUAUUGGGCUAA